CAAGUGGACCCAAACAGCAGCUGAACAUGACCCCCCCAGUGUCUAGGGUACUGUUUGGAGGCACAGAGCCUGACACAGAGACCAGAGACCAUGCCAUGCACACAGUGGGGUUCUCUAUCAACCAAUCGGAGGGCAAAGACCACACCUUUGAGUUCUCUCUCAAAGAUCAGACAAUGGAGUUCUCUCUCAACCAAUUAGAGAGUGAAGAGCAACACGAAGAAGCACUCUUCAGGGCCUGCACUAAUGAAGAAUAUGGAAGUGAAGCAUCUAAUUUUAAGAAGGGGAUGCCUAAGAUAUAUCUCAAGGAGGAAGUACCGACAACGUCUUCCAGAGAUGUGAAUGAAUCACAGAGCCGAGGCACUGAACCUGAUUUCCUGACUCAGGUUUCCAACUGCACUGAUGUCAGCUCAUCUUGUCCUGGAAACACUCAUCAUGGUCCUAAGGAAUGCUGUGAAUCAUCGCCCAGUUACUCUCCAAGAGGAGGUUACUUCAGUUCAGACUCUGAUGAUGACGAGGUGGAGGAUUAUCACCAGUGUCACCAGGGUGGAUCCUCACAGUCACACACAGUGGGGUCAUGUAGUGAAGAGAUCCCUGUCCUCAGCCAGGCCUCAUCACAUUGGAACACACAACAACGAGGUUACCCUCAGUCUCAACCCAGACCUGACACCCCACCCACUAGGCCUCAAUGCACAGGGAACUGUGGAAACGACCAGAGAGAUCAUAAAGACCAGAGAGCUGUGGAGAGCUCAGGCUACUCUGAGAGACGGUCAGGCUGUGUAGUUACAGAUGACAGUGACAGCCAGGUUAGGGUUAUAGGCGAUCAGUAUGUCCCAUCUCGUCCUCUGUCUGAAUCACAGAGCUCUGAGGUCCAACAACAAAAGAUGGCAGCCACCAGAACACAAGAAACACAAACACGAGAAAUGGGAACACAGACUGUCAGCAACAUCACCGCGAAAUGUCCAACAUCGGACGUUUCAACAGUGCAGUUUUUGACUGGAGUGUAAAGAAAAUAACUUCAUGGACUCUCAAUCCCACAACAAUUCUGCUUACAAUGUAAUACUGACGCCAACCACCAGAGGGCAGGCAAGUCACAGAGAUGAGUCUAUAAGACAACAGACAUUAUCGCAUUAUCAGACAGAUCCAGGAGGGAGAGAGAAGAGCACACGCCUUGGAGAAAAUCAACAGCCAGAGAGCUCAAGGCUGGACCUGGGCACCAUCCAUCAAUCAUCCCUUUAAACAAGUGUCAUAACACUAACACUGAGAGUAGAGUGUGUAUUCAGAGACCCACUACCUCUAUACUAGACACUCUCCUCGUCACCAAUGAUGUGCAAGGAAUAAAUAGCAAAUGUUUGAUGUAAUUAACUAAUCAGUGUAGCCGAAUAUAGACAUAUCUAUGGCAGAUGAUUUCCAAAUCAAUGCAAACAACUUCAUAUGUGGUGUAAUUUAUCAUAGAUCAUCGAUUGAAAGUAAAGCUAGUGAA